AUGCUGCCGACCAUGCCUCGGUUGCCGCCAGUUCUGCACUUCCGGGUGCCAGCGUACCGUCACUCAAGCGACCUGCUUCGUCUCGCCGACUUGGCACUGCACAGCCAUACGCCGUUUUCAAGAGACGAGGCCUUCGCCGUGUUCAGACUCAUUUCCUGCGCCGAGAAGGAUGGCACUGUGAAGGGCUAUAUAGAUUGGGGUUGCCCGUGCUUGCUUAGGAGGGCUUUCGACGUUAGUCGAUUCGGCAUAGGAUAUGAUGCGGCACGGCAAGUCACAAGCAACUCAAUCCCUUCACAGGCACCGGACUGGAUAGAGACACCGUCCCUGCGGCGGUGGCUAGUGCUUGCACAGAUGCACCGCAAUUCAACGCUUAGUAUGGCUCCUGCCGGCUUCCCAGCGAGCGUCAGCCUGGCCGCUAAAUUCUUGAGAUUUCCUGUAUUUAGACUAGGAAUGCUUAGCAGCAUAAUCGAUGAGCAUACUGUAUGGGUAGACUGUAUGGGUAGACAGCGACCUCUGUCAUGUCUCCAGCCAGAUCGGGCAGUGACUGUACCGGCGUUGGAUGCUAGAGGUAGUAAGAGCUGCCUCCGAGACAAAUUUGUCUUCAACACGCCUAACCGGCCGGCGGAACAAGCUCGCGGACCGCGGUACUGGAAUCUCGAAGUUUAUCUUCUCCCAGACCGGCAAGUACCACAAUUUCUCCAUUCACAAAGUAGGCAGUGUGGAUAUCUAUGUAGACGCACUAUCCGUCACGUGGGUUCAGGUUGGGCGCGACGGGAGGCAUAGCACUGGCCGUUUCAGCAAAUAAGCCCUAU